AUGUCUUCUACAACGUCUGUAACGACAAAAGGUAGUAAAACAACAAGCAUUGGAUGUUUCUGGGCAACGCUAUGUGUUAGGUCAAAAUAAUGGCGGGAGCCACUGGAACAACAGCGUCGUGUGUUUUCUGUAACAUAGCUACCAAAUCCAACUCCAAUACAACAAUUCUCCACUCCGAUGAUAAGGUUGUUGCUUUUCAGGACAUUAAUCCAUCUGCUUUCAGGCAUUACUUAGUGGUUCCUGUAGAGCACAUUCCUACUGUUAAGGAUCUUCAGAGAAAAACAGAAGAUCAUUCUUUGGUGAGUCACAUGUUAGAUGUGGGCAAAAUGUUAUUACUUAGAGAUGCACCUCACUCAAAGCAGUACAGAUUUGGCUUUCAUCAGCCUCCAAUGAAUUCUGUUAACCACCUACACCUCCAUUGUUUUGCGCUACCAUAUACACCCAGAUGGAGAUAUAUAAAAUACUUGUCUUUCGGACCACUUGGUUUCAUUGAAGCGGAGAAGUUUCUGGAAAAGAUAAAGCCUUAGCCUGCAGUUCAUACAAAAGUAUAAAUUAAAUGAAAUUACUGUUUAAAGUCAUUCUUGGCUUUUCUUAUUUCCAGAAAGAUGCUAAUUAUACCAGUUUCCAUUAAAACUCACCUCUGUUUAAUUUUUUGGUGAGCAAAAGUUACAGUUAUCACCGAUUCUUUAGAUCAUGGAUGCAUGAAAUGAUAGAUUACUUGACCUUCAAAUGGAGAAUAACCAAUAAUAAUAUUAGCUUCCAUAUAUUAUAGUAUAA